GUUAACUGUUCGCUCAUCACAACAUAAUGCCAGAGGUUAUCAGUCUUCUCUCUUCGACGCCGCCUCCUCCGGUAGACCGACACGAAUUGUCCUCUGCGAGACGAGCCCACUCCACUCCGCCCGCCCCCGCGUCCUUCGACGAGGUUGACCUCUCCGCUUUCACAUGGGAAGACGAUCUCGACCUCGACAACCCAGCAAAACGUCGCCGUCUGAGCCACGAAGCCCUUCAACCUCCUCCCCCGCCCCCGCGUUCCCGACAGCCCUCCCUCCCAAAAACAUACAAGAAUGACCUAUUCCUAUUUUCCGACGAGGAUGUGAUCUUAUCGUCCGAAGGCCCUGGCCCAGGCCUUGGCCCAGGUCCCGGCCCUGCCCUCCCGAAACUUCCAGCAUGGACCGGGGAGUCCGACCCGAUCACGUUCACCUCCUCUGCCCCCGAACCCAGAGACACUGCUCUUGCUGCUCCAAUCUCGCUACCGUUACCGCCCCCUCGUACCAGGGAUAUCAUCGCACUCGACGAAGACGAACAGGACACCCUGCGCGAACAGUUGCCCGCGGCGAGGUCUAAUAGCCGAGUUGAUCGCAUCGAUCACCACGAGCACUCGAGUGCGGCAAGGUCCACCAGGCGGGAGAAUAUUGAGGACUUCAGCAGUGACCAGAUUCAUUUUCCCGACAUCGACGAGCUCCUUGAACGUCCUUGGCAGCCUCCGACGACAGCGGGCGCUUUCUCCAGUCGCACGGCGGCUUUACUCGCUAAUCUUCAACAAACCCAAGACAACACCACGGGAACUGGGCCUAGAAAUACCACGGCACCUCGACGGCACAAGAAAGAUAAGGUUGCGGACGAUGUUAUCGAGGAUGAUGAGAUGGACGGUCCAAGUACGACUACCGCCCGGAAACCACGCAAAGCCACCGCCCGCACGAGCGCGGAGAAGGAUGCUAAAGCGCGCGAACGGGAGGCCGCCAAGGCGCAACGAGAAGAGGAACGGCGGCGCGAGAAGGAGCGCAAACAGAGAGCCAAGGAAGAGAAGGCCCGCGAGAAGCAGCUGGCGGCGGACAUCGCCGAGGUCAACAAGUUGAAGGUGGGCCGGAAAGAGUCGACGCCCGAGAUGCUGAUCGACCUUGCCUCGACGUUUGAAGGGACCAGUAUCGGAAACCAGACCACGGAGUUUAUGAAGCAUCUCGGGGUGGAACUGUCCUUCUUCACGAGCUCGAUCCCGAGUAUCGUCAAGUGGCGUCGCAAAAUCAAAGCCAUAUACAACGAAGCCCUCGGGUACUGGGAGCCAUGCGCCCCGCAUAUCCGCGAGGAGAAAGAGCAUGUGCUCUGUCUCGUCCCAGCGCAGGAGUUGAUCGACAUGAUCAUCACCCCCGGUAGUGCUUCGCCACAGACGGCCAGCCCCCCGCUAGAGCAACACAUCCAGACCCUGAAGUCCGCAUACCCCGGCCGCACCCCGAUCUACCUCAUUGAAGGCCUUACUGCGUGGAUGCGCAAGAAUAACAACUCCCGCAACAGAGCCUACGUCGCCGAAGUCCGCCGCCAGUACGACGAAGCCGCCGCCGCCGCCGCCACCACCACCACAACACAAACCUUCUCCUCCUCCCGCCGUAAAAAGAAGCAACAACCACAGAACACCGCCGAAACCACCCCGCCCGUCGACGACGACACCAUCGAAGACGCCCUUCUCGGCCUCCAGGUCACGCACGGCUGCCUGAUUCACCACACGUCCGCGCCCGCCGACUCGGCCGAGUGGAUCAAGAACUUCACCGAGCACAUCUCCACCGUGCCCUACCGGCGCGAGCGCAUGAACGUCAACGACUCCGCCUUCUGUAUGGACGUCGGCCAGGUCAAGCCCGGCGAGAACCGCUCCGACACCUUCGUCAAGAUGCUGCAGGAGGUCCACCGCAUCACCGCCAGUAUGGCCUACGGUAUUGCCGAGCGGUACCCGAGUGUACUCGACCUGGUGCGCGCGAUGCGCCGUGAGGGGCCGGCUCUGUUGGAGGAUGUGAAGAAAUCCGCCAACAAGAACGGCGCACUCACUGACUCGCGCAUCGGCCCGGCGGCGAGUAGACGGCUGUACAAGGUGUUUAUGGGGAUGGAUCCUUCCUCCACGGAUGUUUGAUGCGUAGACACCUACAGUACAUUGAGAUUUCUGUAUUGAAUGGGGC